CUUAUCUCAGAAGACUGAAUUUUCUACAUAUAGGUUGUCAUCAUUGGGUGUAGGUGCUAAAGAAAGCUAGAUCAAUAAUGGCGGCUAGGAGGAUUUCUUCUUUGCUUUCUCGUUCAUUCAGUUCCCUUCCUGCUCCCCUUUUCUCUAGAGGGACAAAUCCUACCCUGGUGAGACAAAUUUCUAGAUACAGUACAGCCGUGGAAGUUGAGGAACCAAUCAGUCCUCCUGUCAAAGUAAAUUACACACAGCUGUUAAUUGAUGGAAAGUUUGUUGAUUCUGCAUCAGGUAAAACUUUUCCAACGCUGGAUCCUAGGACCGGGGAUGUGAUUGCUCAUGUUGCUGAAGGCGAUGUAGAAGAUAUCAAUCGAGCAGUGUCUGCUGCUCGCAAGGCAUUUGAUGAAGGACCGUGGCCAAGAAUGACUGCUUAUGAAAGGUCAAACAUAUUGUUGCGAUUUGCUGAUUUGAUUGAGAAGCAUAAUGAUGAACUUGCGGCACUUGAGACCUGGGAUAAUGGAAAGCCAUAUGAACAGGCUGCUAAGAUUGAAGUCCCGAUGCUUGCACGUCUAAUGCGGUACUAUGCUGGUUGGGCGGAUAAGAUUCAUGGUCUUAUAGUUCCAGCUGAUGGACCGCACCACGUGCAAACCUUACAUGAACCAAUUGGUGUUGCUGGUCAAAUAAUUCCAUGGAACUUUCCUCUUCUGAUGUUUGCUUGGAAGGUUGGACCUGCCUUGGCAUGUGGCAACACCAUUGUUCUUAAGUCAGCAGAGCAAACACCACUUUCUGCUAUUUAUGCAGCCAAGCUACUUUAUGAGGCUGGUCUUCCUGAGGGGGUCAUAAAUGUGAUUUCUGGUUUUGGUGCCACUGCUGGUGCAGCUCUUGCUAGUCAUAUGGAAGUGGAUAAGCUCGCUUUCACUGGAUCAACUGACACAGGAAAAAUUAUCCUUCAGUUGGCUGCAAAAAGCAACCUCAAACCAGUAACUCUCGAGCUUGGAGGGAAAUCUCCUUUUAUAGUUUGUGAGGAUGCUGAUGUAGACAAGGCAGCUGAGAUGGCUCACUUUGCUCUGUUCUUUAAUCAGGGACAAUGCUGCUGUGCUGGCUCCCGUACAUUCGUACAUGAGAAAGUGUAUGAUGAGUUCAUAGAGAAAGCAAAGGCACUUGCAAAGAAUCGUGCUGUAGGUGAUCCAUUCAAGAGCGGGAUUGAACAAGGCCCCCAGAUUGAUAAAAAACAAUUUGACAAGAUAUUGGGGUACAUAAGAUCUGGUAUUGAGUGUGGAGCGACCCUUGAGACUGGAGGUGAGAGAUUUGGUGAUAAGGGCUACUAUAUUCAGCCUACAGUUUUCACCAAUGUUAAGGAUGAUGCAUUGAUUGCCAAAGAGGAGAUAUUCGGUCCAGUCCAAACCAUCUUGAAAUACAAGAACCUUGAUGAGGUUAUUCAGAGGUCAAAUGCUAGUCGAUAUGGACUAGCUGCAGGGGUCUUUACGCAGAACAUUGACACAGCAAACACCCUUACACGAGCGCUAAGAGUUGGGUCAGUAUUUAUAAAUUGCUUUGAUGUCUUUGAUGCUGCCAUUCCAUUUGGUGGAUACAAGAUGAGUGGACAAGGAAGAGAAAAGGGCAUUUACAGUCUCUCCAAUUACUUGCAAGUCAAGGCUGUUGUCACUCCCUUGAAAAAUCCAGCAUGGUUGUAGUUCCCCUUUCGAACCUGUUUUUCCCUCCAAUUCUUGAAAAUAAGGAGAUGAUUGCACGAAAAGAUGAGGCAGAAAUAAAGGUGGUGAUGCUGAUAUGAUGAUGAUGAUAAAUAAAUCCCUCCUAAACCUUCGUGUUAGAGAUAUAUACUAUUUCAUAUAUAAUGAAGAAUCAAUUAAUUUACUUUUUUUUUUCUUUUCAUGAUAUUGAAACUCAAGAACAACAAAUAAUUAAUUGCUUUCAUGUAUGAUGAAUUGUAACAUUCUCUCUUUACUAAAGGAAGAACUAAUGA